AUGUCGGCAAUUAUUUAUGCACUCACGAAUCCAAUUUUCAAAAAUUUUGUUUUUUAUGCAGCAGCAUCAACUGUUAAGAUGAUGGCCAUGUCGCUUCUUACUAGUCGAAAAAGAUUUGCGAAAAAUGUAUUCUCGAAUCCUGAAGAUAUCCCGUUGGGAAACAAAAACCAGGCGAAGGUAACAUUUACAGAUCCCGAUGUUGAACGGGUUCGUCGAAAUCAUUUAAAUGAUAUCGAAAAUAUUCUACCAUUCGUUGUGAUCGGAAUGUUCUACGUCGCUACGAAUCCAAAUGCAAUGUUAGCUUUAUGGCAUUUUCGUAUUUUUUUCUUCUCUCGUAUAUUUCAUACAAUAGCAUAUCAACUGCCACUGCCACAACCAUCACGAGCUAUUGGCUAUACAAUUGGUUAUCUAACGACCAUCUCGAUGGCCGUUCAAUUGUUUCGGGCUCUUCUUAAAUAA